AUGCUUUUCGCGCAUUCUUUGAGGUAUAUUCGGCGACGCACGCCCUGGGCCCAUCGCGAUGUGGCUACGGCUGCGCUGGGCAGAUUCGAGUCGGACACACAAGUCGACUUCAGCAAAUUUAGUAGCAAGAUUGGCACCCUGAGGCGACGGUUGAAGCGGCCUUUGACGUACGCAGAAAAGGUACUGUACAACCACCUCGAUGAUGAGUUUGAUGGAAACAUCGUCCGUGGCCAGACGCAGCUACGAUCCAAACCAGUCCGCAUCGCUUGUCAAGACGCAACUGCUCAGAUGGCGCUCAUUCAAGACUGCCCCAAGGAUAUUGGGUGUGCGACUUCACGGCGAGUUGUCGCGCUGGGCAUCGCCGAAAGACAUAUCAACGAACUUGCAGGGAUAAUUUCAGUAAAGGGAAGCACAGGAUCGAUCAUUGAGUAUUUUGGUCUCGGAGCGCAGACAAUUUCAGCGACUGGGAUGGCUACAGUGUGCAAUAUGGGGGCUGAAUCCGGAGCUACGACUUCCAUAUUUCCCUACACGGCCUCCAUGGCAGAGUACUUGCGAGCCAACCGGCGUCCUGACAUGGCUGCUGCGGUAGAGACAAUUGCAUAUGAGCUCCGGUCCGAUGAGGGCGCCGAAUACGACCAGAUUAUUGAUAUUGAUCUCUCAUCACUGGAGCCGCAUAUCGAUGGCCCCUUCACGCCUGAUCUGUCAACGCCCAUCUCAAAAUUUGGGUCAGCAGUUAUAGACAAUGAGUGGCCGUCGACACUGACCGCCGGCCUUAUUGGAUCCUGCACGAACUCUUCUUUUCAUGACCUCAGCCGCGCAUUACUGCUGUCCCCUGGCAGUUUGCAGACCCGAAACACAUUGGAGGAGGCGGGAAUAAUGCAGGUGUUUGAGAAAGCAGGUGCUAUCAUGUUACCCAAUGCUUGCGGGCCGUGCUGUGGCUCGUGGGAUCGUACCGAUAUACAGAAAGUGAGCCUCACGUAG